AUGGGCCGAACCUUGACCUACCCGAAGAAGGUUUCCAACACCGCCAACCGGUACAAGCAUCGAGCCACAUAUGACCUAGGUCCAAUUCAUUCAAUCAUCAAUGACUCCCAAGUUCUUCAUGUAUCCUUCAACCCAGGCCCGGACGACCCAUUCCCCGCAAUCCUACCGAUGAUAGGACAAAUGGGAUCAUUCGAAUUCCCCUCUGCGAGCAUCGAUGAGCCUCUAGAGUGCUACCUCCACGGCUACGUCAGCUCACGGAUUAUGAACCUGGCCCGCAGCUGCAGCGAUGGCGAGGGACUCCCCAUAUGCGUCGCAACAAGCAAAGUAGACGGGCUGAUCCUAUCGCUCACGCCCAACUCGCACAGCUACAACUACCGUUCUGCCAUCCUACACGGCUAUGCGACCCUCGUCACAGAUGAUGAAGAAAAGCUCUGGGCCAUGAAAUUGAUCACGAACUCUGUCCUCGCGGAUCGCUGGGAUCACUCGCGUGUGCCGCCGGAUCGUGCGGAGAUGCAGUCGACUGUCAUCCUGAAGGUAAGGAUUGUGGAUGGCAGCGGUAAGAUUCGUGAUGGUGGUGUUUCGGAUGAGCGUAAGGACUCAGGCAACGCGCAGAUUACUGGUAGUGUCUGGACUGGUGUUGUUCCGGUAUGGGAAACGUUUGGUACCCCGGUUCCAAGCGGUGAUGGUACGGUCGCUGAAGUGCCCGAGUAUAUUAAUUCGUAUAUCGCUAGCAAGAAUAGUCGGAACAGAGCUCUGGCGGAGAGUGCAGUGAAGGUUCAGCUGCCACCCGAGGAGCAGCACUGA